UGUACUCUGUAGUUGAGGACCGUGUUGGCCGUGUGCGUCACCGCCAGCUUCCUGGUCUCUGACCCAUAAGGCGUUCUCCCUAUAGACCCAGCUCGGAAGGCACCUAUGACAUAGACACCAGCCCACGCCAGCAAUUCCCCAAACCCUCAUAUACCUAACGGCCACAUACUAUCCAAAUGAUUAUUCGAAUACACGGCGGCCUUCUAACUAAAGUACAAACCCUACGGCGGGUCGCGACAUAGGACUCCGUCCGCGAACCAAAUCACACCAGACAUGACCAGCAAAGGGAAACAGCUCCCCCAUGAGCGGCGGAAAGGCGAAUCAGCCCUCAGCGAAUUCGCGGAGUACGUCGAGAAACAGCAAGCGACGCGGUACCCGGCGGGUAGCUCCGCCACCGACGACCACGAUGAGCUCGACAUCCUGAACUCUCUCGACCUCGCCGACUCAGCGCCGCAGGUCCGACUGCGUGAGUUGCUGCUAGGCGAUGCAGAUGAUGCGAUCCCGCGGCUUGGAGAGGUACUGCGCGCACGCAUCCUCGAGGGCCACGGCGAAACGGUCUUCGAUAUCGGCUUCGAGAACAGUGGGGAGUGUAUGAACCUUACAAAAGAGGAGUGGGAGGGUGCACUCGCACGGCUGCGUGAGGCAGCCUCGAAUGAACGUGCAGAGUGCCAGGUCCUGCUUACAAAGAACGUCGGGGGGGAGGCUGAGGCGGAGACGGCUGAUGACAAGGAGAAGGAGUCCAGUGGGAAGGUCUCAGUGAGGCAAAACCCGUCGACGGCGGAGGAUGUGAUUGAGACACGGAUAGCCGUCGUGGGGAAUGUCGAUGCGGGGAAGAGUACCAUGCUCGGAGUGCUGGUGAAGGGAGGGCUAGAUGAUGGGAGGGGGAAGGCGCGUGUUAAUCUGUUCCGGCAUAAGCAUGAGAUUGAGAGUGGGCGGACUAGCUCUGUCGGCAUGGAGAUUAUGGGGUUCAGUGCGACAGGGAAGAUCAUCGUAUCAGAUGUCCCCGGCCGCAGCUUGUCGUGGGAGGAGAUCGGGAAGCGCUCGGCCAAGGUGAUAUCCUUCACUGAUCUGGCUGGACACGAGCGGUAUCUGCGCACAACGGUGUUCGGGAUGCUCUCGUCAAGCCCGAACUACUGCCUCCUGAUGGUCGCCGCGAACAAUGGGCUCAUCGGUAUGAGCAAAGAGCAUCUCGGUAUCGCGCUCGCGCUCAACGUCCCCGUGAUGGUCGUCAUCACCAAGAUCGACAUCUGCCCACCACAUAUCCUCGAGCAGACCAUCACGCAGAUAACGCGGAUCCUCAAAUCUCCCGGCGCGCGCAAGAUCCCCAUCUUCAUCUCCGACCGCGAGAGCUGCAUCAACACAGCCACGCAGUUCGUCUCGCAGCGCAUUUGCCCCAUCUUCCAGGUCUCGAAUGUCACAGGGAAGAACCUCGACCUGGUCCGCACGUUCCUCAACAUUCUGCCUCACCAUGGACAUUAUGAUGCCACGGCGCCGUUUGAGUUCCACAUCAACGAUACCUUCUCUGUCCCAUUCGUCGGGACUGUCGUGUCGGGCGUCGUUAAGAGCGGCGUCGUGCACGCUGGUGACCACGUCCUCGUCGGCCCCGACUCGCUGGGCCACUUCACGCAGACGACGAUCCGCUCGAUUGAGCGGAAGCGAAUCCCAGUACCAGCCACAUCGGCGGGGCAGUCGGCGUCGUUUGCGCUGAAGAGGGUGAGGCGGCGGGAUGUGCGGAAGGGAAUGGUGGUGCUUGCGAAGCCAGAGGAUGCGGCUGAUGCGCCGCGCGUGUUCCGCGAGUUUGUCGCGGAGGUCCUCAUUCUCUCCCACGCCACGACUAUCAAGCCCAAGUACCAGGCCAUGCUUCACGUCGGGCCUGUCUCUCAGACUUGCACCAUCAUCGCUAUUGACCGAGCGCAUAUCCGCACUGGAGAUCGCGCGAUGGUGGCGUUCCGGUUCGUGCAGAGGCCAGAGUAUCUGGUUCCCGGCGAUAGGUUGCUGUUCAGAGAGGGCAGGACGAAGGGACUGGGUAUUGUUAAGAGCGUGGGGUAUGAUCCGUUAAAGCCUUUGGGUGGGGGCGGUGAGGGCCUUGGGGAGGAGGAGAAAGGUAAGGAGAAGGAGGAGAAAGGUAAGGAGAAGGAGGAGGCUGGCGAUGGCGGUGGGGAGGGAGCGAAGGAGAGUUCUGCUACUGCCGGCGCUGCUGCCGCUGCGGUAAAGGGAGAGUAA